AUGUGUCGUUAUUUCAAUGCCGACGACGACCUCAACCCUAUUGCCGUCAAACUAUUGGCACAAAAGGUGGCAAAAAUGCACUCAAAAUACAUACCGAUUGCCAGAAACGGCACACAAAAGACAUUGAAAAUAGUUUUCGAGGACUGGUUUGAUAGCCACCGGAUUGAGUCCUACAGACAGGGAGAAAGCGUCCUCAAGAGUCCGGAAGUGUUUUCCCACAACGACCUCAACCGCCGCAAUAUACUCGUCAGCAAUGGAGAUAAUGACCAAAAUUUUGAAGUGUUUAUCAUUGACUUUGAUUGGAGUAGUUAUAUGUAUAGGGGUUUAGAUAUCGGCGACUAUUUCAUCAAUUGGUGUCAAACGGGAACGGAUUUUGGUGCCAAUAAUUUCCCGACUGAUCCACAAAUGUAUGCCUUUAUCGACGCCUAUAUCGCGGAAAUGAAUGCACUUUCGGACAACACUUACGCUAAACAAGGAAUCAAUUCACGCGAAACACUCGUAAAAGAGGCAAAGAUUUUUGCAUUAAUGGGCUAUAUAAAGGAACUGGAGCAUUGCUUUUAUGAGGUCUUUGUGAAGGGAAAUAUGGAGAUUAUGGCGACAGCAGAGCAAAGAUUUAAAGUCUACAAAGACCUCAAAACUCGUAUAUUAAAUGAAUUCAAAGAGUUUCAAUAA